AUGAAGGUAUUGAAAGCUCGAAAGAAGAGGGCCAGCACGGAGCUGACUAUUGAGCCAGAGAAGGCAUCCUCAGACAUAGAUCGACUCCGUUUGUCAGCCUUUAUGAAUGAGCAGCUAGACUUCAAUGACAAAAAAAUUGGAAACUGCCCACCGCAGGAGAAGAGCCUAGACGAGGUUGAGAGUGUGAGGAAAAAGUUCCUGAGAGUGAACAAGGUCAUCAAGGGCCCAAAGGGCAUACGGAAAAGGCACUUAAAAGAACUGAGACGUCAGAACAUCCAGAGGACACAGAACGCCCAGCCGUCUGUGGAGAACAUGGCCAAGGAAAGAAGGCUCAGGAGACCAUCCCCAGGGGAGCUUCACGUGGCACACAGGCCCAGCAAAUUAGUGGGAAGCUCCUUCAAUACAGAGCCUUCGUUCGUAGAUGAGCACAAGGCAGCGGUCUCUUCUUUCAUGAAGCAAUACAUUCUGGACAGGCCUUCUGCCAUCCCCGCUCCCAAGGAGAGAAGCAUCAGGAGACCAUCCCCAGGGGAGCUUCACGUGGCGCACAGGCCCAGCAAAUUAGUGGGAAGCUCCGUCAAUACAGAGCCUUCGUUCGUAGAUGAGCACAAGGCAGCGGUCUCUUCUUUCAUGAAGCAAUACAUUCUGGACAGGCCUUCUGUCACCCCCGCUCCCAAGGAGAGAAGCCUCAGGAGACCAAUCCCAGGGGAGCUUCACGUGGCGCACAGGCCCAGCAAAUUAGUGGGAAGCUCCUUCAAUACAGAGCCUUCGUUCGUAGAUGAGCACAAGGCAGCGGUCUCUUCCUUCAUGAAGCAAUACUCUUUGGGCAGGCCUUCUGCCACCCCUGCUCCAAAAUCCCCACCUGACGUGAAAAAAAAAUCAAAAGACUUCAUGUACAGCGUUUUUGUUUUAGAAGAUGCAAAUGCUAGAGUUAGAAAUAUGAAGGCUUUCGGACCAGCCCCACACCCCAGAAAAACACACCGCUUUCAUAAAAGUCGCUCCCGUGUGGUCCACAGAACACCCAAGGCCAAACUGAAUCGAAAGUCCAGAAAGGAAAGUUCACUCAGUAAUAGACAGCUGCUUGCAAAGAGGCCUCCAUCCUCUGCAGUCAGGAGCCUCGUAAAUUCCCCUUCACGAGAGGAUUUUUCAUCUCCGGGAGAACUGAGUCCUCAGAAAAAUCCUUUUCCAGAAUUAUUUGCUCCUUCAGGAACUUACAGAGAAAACACUACUGCAGAGAACACUACUGCCCAAAAUGUUUCUGACGAAAAUAUUUCUACAGGAAACACUACUGUGCCAGAACAAACCCUCCCUGAAUUCACAAACCCUAAGAAUCUUUCCACUGCUAAUUCUACUGUUACUGCAGACAACUCUACGCCGACCGUUAAACAAACCAAUGAUACACAAUGGGAAUACCACAAUGCGGGCACUGGCUUGCCCCCAAAAGCCACAGGCUUCACUGUGUCAAAGCUCUCGUCCUCAGGUGAUCUGUUUGAAAUUCAGUUAAACCAGCAGCUACAGUCCCUCAUCCCCAACAAUGACGCGAGAAGCCUCAUUUCUCAUGUUAUCCGGACUUUGAAAAUGGACUGCUCUGAGACCCACGUGCAGCUGGCCUGUGCCAAGCUCAUCUCCAGAACAGGCCUCCUGAUGAAGCUUCUCAGCGAGCAGCGAGAAGUAAAGGUGUCCAAGGCAGAGUGGGAUACGGACCAAUGGGAAAAUGCGAAUUAUAUCAAUGAGAGCACAGAAGUCCAGAGUGAACAGAGAGGGCAGGAGUCAAGGGAGCUCACAAAAGAAGUUCCAGGCUAUGGCUAUACCAACAAACUCAUCUUGGCAAUAUCUGUGACUGGUAGUUUUGUGAUGGUUUUGAUCCUAGUUUUCUGACUCAUUGAGGUAAGGAGAACAAUUAAUUCCGAUUCCCAGACUAUAUUCCUUCUUUAUAAUAGAUUCAGAACCCACAAACUGAAAAUCAAAGCCACUUUCCCACCUAUCACGACUUGAUAUCCCUCUUCAGUCUGGAGGACUGAGAUAUGCUUUGUCCUUUUAUUGCAAAGUAUAUUCCAGGGAUUUUAAAAGGAACCCCACUGCCGGGAGACAUCUGUGGAUUGUAACCAAGAUAACAAGCCAUUAGCUUGUUCUGAGACAUUAGGUCUAAGAAGGCCACAGUUGACACGAUAGUAAAAUUUCUUCAACUCAAAAAAAGUAUGUCGAUUCGAUGCACUCACCAGUCAUCCUCCUACUACCACUGAUUUCUUUCCUCGUUGGCUAAAAUGAUGAGAGAGAAAUAGUCUUCACCUCCACGGAGCCAUCAGUCAUCUUGGAAGAAAGGGCAUGGCUUAGAGAUAAAAGCGUCAUCUUGUUGAUUAAUUAGAUGUACCUACAGCUCUCUCCUCCACUUUGCAAGGCAUUGUGUAAACAGGUUCAGUUAAAACCCUGCAGCUAAAAUCCUGCAUCAGGCUACUCAAAGCUUGUCAUAAUUACAGUUGCCUAUUCCUGGAGCUUGCCUGUUUACCUUUUAUUCAAUUAUGUAUGAAUUGAAUACAUAUUCAAUAUAUUUAUUCAAAUAUACAUCCUACUCUUGUCCUUGACUUUAAAACAGUGCUGCUGUUUAGGUUUCUGGUAGACACUUUUCUUUUCCUCCUCCCAAGAAUUUUUAUUAGGAAUUAUCUGUUGACUGUGAUCGGAGAGACAGUCAGUAAAAUGGAUUACGAGCUGCACACAAGUUAGGUGUUAUUGAAGAGUCAAAGGACUAUUAAACAAAUUCCUGUCCUAGGAAAAGUUAUCCUCUCACUGGGUAGAGAAGACCUAACAUGCAAAGGAAUGAAUAAAGAUUUGGAGGGAGUGGUUAUUGUGAUGGGUAACUGUGAUCAUGUUUUCCU